UGCCGCGAUGCUCCCGAAGCCCUUUGUCUCUCUCGGGCUCCCGUCCGCCCGCCCCACCUCUGCGCGCCCAUUGGUCGCGGUCCCGGCCCGGGCAGGGCGAGAGAGGAGCGAGUGGGCGGGGCCGCGUGGCGUCAGCGCAAGAUGGCGGCCUCGGCAGCGCCGUUCUUGCGCCUGCGGAGCGGGCUCCGGCUUGGCGCCCGGGGGCUGUGCACGCGGCUGGCGACACCGCCCCCCCGGGCACCGGACCAGGCUGCAGGGAUCGGGAGCCGUGGGAGCACUCAGGCCCAGGGAUCACAGCAGCAGCAGCGGCGCUCUGAGGGCCCUAGCUAUGCCAAGAAAGUCGCGCUCUGGCUCGCAGGGCUGCUCGGGGCCGGUGGGACCGUGAGCGUCGUCUACAUCUUCGGAAACAACUCUGUGGACGAAACUGGUGCCAAGAUUCCUGAUGAAUUCGACAAUGAUCCAGUCCUGGUACAGCAGUUGCGCCGGACCUACAAAUAUUUCAAAGAUUAUAGACAGAUGAUCAUCGAGCCCACCAGCCCCUGCCUGCUCCCAGACCCCCUGCGGGAGCCAUACUACCAGCCGCCCUACACACUGGUCUUGGAGCUCACUGGCGUCCUCCUGCACCCGGAGUGGUCGCUGGCCACCGGCUGGAGGUUUAAGAAGCGUCCAGGCAUCGAGACCUUGUUCCAGCAGCUCGCCCCUCUGUAUGAAAUUGUCAUCUUUACGUCAGAGACUGGCAUGACCGCGUUUCCUCUCAUCGACAGCGUGGACCCCCACGGCUUCAUCUCCUACCGCCUCUUCCGGGAUGCUACGCGAUACAUGGAGGGGCACCAUGUUAAGGACAUUUCAUGUCUGAAUCGGGACCCAGCCCGUGUGGUCAUCGUGGACUGCAAGAAGGAAGCCUUCCGCUUACAGCCCUACAACGGCGUUGCCCUGCGGCCCUGGGACGGCAAUUCCGAUGACCGGGUCUUGUUGGACCUGUCCGCUUUCCUCAAGACCAUCGCGCUCAACAACGUAGAGGAUGUCCGGACGGUGCUGGAGCACUACGCACUGGAGGAGGACCCGCUUGAGGCUUUCAAACAGCGGCAGAGCCGGUUAGAGCAGGAGGAGCAGCAGCGCCUGGCCGAGCUCUCCAAGUCCAGCAAGCAGAACCUCUUCUUCGGCUCCCUCACCAGCCGCUUGUGGCCUCGCUCCAAACAGCCCUAACCUGUGGGCCUUCUCAGACUCAGUGCCUGGGUCCUGGCCCCAUGGCUCACAGACCCAAAAAGUGGGCAGCCACGUGUCCAAUAAAGUCCAUCCCAGAUGCCA